GGUUGGUGGGCAGGAGUCCAUUUGACAUUAGGCAUUUCUUCUUAUUUCGCGUUUAACGGUUAACUUCUCUCUCAGUGUUUGUGUUUGGGAUAGCAUAACAUAGCAGUAGUAGAUAAUUGGUAUCUCUGGUUUAAGGCAUAGGCACUCCAUCCCAUCCCAUCCCAUCCCAUCUUCGCUCAGAUGGACCUCCUCAAUUCACCUUCUUCUGUUUUGGCUGGGAAUGCAACGCUUUUGGUGCGGCGGUGGAAUCUGUGCAACUUUAACAAUUAUUCUAGAUUUCGGUUGAAUGACGUACUUGGUAGAAACUCUUUUUUCAACAACAAUUUUACCAGGGCAAGUACACUUUACACGAAAAGAAGCCAUUUUUCCAUUUCUUGUUUGGCUCGUAAUGAGAAGAACAGCUCUGUUGUUUGUGCAAAUGAAGAACUAAAAAAUGCUCGUGUCAUUUAUGUUGUAGCUCCUGCCAUGGGUCAUAAUAAGGAGUCUCAUCCGGAAUCCCAUUUUCGAGUUCCUUCAAUUGUUAGUGCUCUUGAAAAGAUGGAGCUCACUCCAGAGUUCCGUGGCUCAGAAAUUAUUCAACUUAAAGACUUCAAGCCUGCUUCAGUAGAUGACAUUGCAAACGUUCAUUCAAGAACCUACGUCACAGGCCUUGAGAAGGCUAUGGAUCAGGCUUCACAACAGGGUAUUAUAUUUAUUGAGGGAUCUGGACCAACAUAUGCUACUGCAAAUACUUUCCAGGAUUCGCUAACUGCAGCUGGAGCAGGACUUUCCAUAGUUGAUUCAGUGGUUGAAGCAUCAAAGCUAAACCUGGAUCAAACUAUAGGUUUUGCCUUGAUAAGACCUCCUGGACAUCAUGCUAUCCCGAAAGGCCCUAUGGGGUUUUGUGUAUUUGGAAAUGUGGCAAUAGCUGCUCGUUAUGCUCAACGUGUACAUGGCUUGAAGCGUGUCUUCAUAAUUGAUUUUGAUGUUCACCAUGGAAAUGGAACUAAUGAUGCUUUCUACGAGGAUCCGGAUAUUUUUUUUCUCUCAACUCACCAGGAUGGAAGCUACCCUGGUACUGGUAAAUUUGAUGAGAUAGGCCAAGGAGAUGGGGAAGGAACAACUCUCAAUCUACCUUUACCAGGAGGCUCAGGUGAUAUUGCCAUGAGAACUGUGUUUGAUGAAGUCAUUGUACCUUGUGCUCAGAGGUUUAAGCCAGAUAUAAUUCUUGUCUCUGCAGGGUACGAUGCUCAUGUAUUGGAUCCACUAGCCAGUCUACAAUUUACAACAGGGACAUACUACAUGCUUGCAUCCAGCAUUCAACAACUUGCGAAAGAUCUCUGUGGUGGUCGCUGUGUGUUCUUCUUGGAAGGAGGCUACAACCUCAAGUCUCUUUCGUACUCCGUGGCUGACUCAUUCCGAGCUUUUCUUGGAGAGCCAAGCUUGGCCUCUCAGUUUGACAACCCUGCUAUCUUGUAUGAAGAACCGCUCACCAAUGUGAAGCAAGCUAUCCAGAGAGUGAAACAUUUGCAUUCGUUGUGAAGAUGCAAUAUCCACUUACUAGUUCCAUUUUUACUUGUAAGCAUUAAUUAUUGUAUAUACUACAUCAUAGGUAUUUGCAAAUGGUUUUAAAAUUUUAUACUGUAUGGUAACAAGUAUACAACUUCAAAUAUAAGCAUUUGUUCUUCCUUA